GAAUAACGUGUAAAUUUAUUAAAUCAUAGCAAGUUUUUCUUGCAUUUUUCAGUAGAAAAAAAUAAAUAAAAUAAAAUGACUGUAACUUAUACUGAGCAAGUGGCAACUGCCAAAGGUUUAACACUUAUAAAGUUAUUUUUUCGAUGGAAAGGAUCUGUAAUUCGUCUGAUUUGGAAGGAUUUGCUAGUUUAUCUUGCUGCAUAUUUUAUACUUCAUUUCAUCUACGCAUAUGCAUUUAACGAGACUUUACAAUUAUAUUUUGAGAAUAUCGUGACUUAUGCAAAAAAGUAUGACGACAUUAAGACACUCUCUUUUGUGUUGGGCUUCUUUGUAUCUAUUGUAAUGACAAGUAAGUAUUGCUUGCUUUCAAUUAAAUGUUUUUACCGACUAUUCUUCUUUCGUUAAUUACUCUAGGAUGGUGGAAUCAAUUUCUAUGCAUUCCAUGGCCUCAUUCUAUAUCUGUCUACGUAUCAAGUACAAUACAUGGAUAUGAUGAAGUAGGAAGAGCAUUGAGAAGAACCAUUUUAAGAUAUGUCAAUUUGUCACUUGUUAUGGUUUUUCGUGUUCUAUCUCCACGUGUAAAGAAAAGAUUUCCAAGAAUGGAUGAUUUGAUUCUUGCUGGUUUGAUUAAUGAAAAUGAGUUGAUAAUUUUACAGGAGUUGGAACAAAAGUUUCCAGGCUACAGCAAAAAUUGGCUACCAAUAUGCUGGGCUGCCAAUGUAGCAACAAGAGCUCGAGCGGAUGGUCGAAUAAAAGAUGAUUUCGCAUUAAAAACAAUAAUUGAGGAACUGAAUAAAUUUCGUGGAAGAUGCGGUGAAUUGAUGAAUUACGCAAUGAUUUGUAUUCCACUUGUAUAUACACAAGUUGUGACAGUUGCAGUUUACACAUUUUUCUUAACUGCUUUGAUCUCACAACAGCCCAUCAAGAUCCGAAAUGGAGGAACUGAAAAUCUAUCACUUGGAGAAAAUCAUCAUCUUUCCUUUCUUGACAGCCUUCCAUUUAUGCUAACCUUACAAUUCAUAUUUUACAUGGGAUGGUUAAAAGUUGCAGAAACAAUGAUUAAUCCUUUUGGUGAAGAUGAUGAUGACUUUGAAGUUAAUUGGAUGAUUGAUAGAAACUUAAUCAUGAGCUAUUUGAUUGUUGAUGAGAUGCACAAUGAUCAUCCGGAACUGCUAAAAGAUCAAUUUUGGAAUGAAAUUCCAAAACAUUUGCCAGAUUUAGGAAGAACAAGCUCAAAAGAAGUAAUUCCAGGACAUCAUCAAAAAGAUUUCUUUGAUGUGGACCAAAAUCCAAGCCAAUUUUUACGUCAACGAAGAACGGUUCUAAUUCAAGCUGAUGAAGAGGAAGAGGAACAACCUCAGGUAGCUUUAACAGUCAAUCCUUCAAGAACAGAAUUAAAGCCUCGAUCAUCAGUCAUUGAUGAGACUUAUCGAAGAUUAACUGAUGUUGAAGUGACACAAAGCUUAUUAGACAAAAGUAUGCAAAAGAUUCGCGAUAAGGCAGCAACACCAAAACAUGGCAGCGAUAGUGAGACAAAUAGUUCCGUUAUUGACACCACAAAGCUUUCGUAAAUAAAGUCUUCAAAAAUUUUAAGUGAGCUAUUGAAAAAAAAUCUAUUUUUUGAUGGAUUUAUUUUAAGGCUUGAAUCCUGGGCUCUAAAAUCACAAACGCGAAAA